GUAAUAAAAACAACAGAGAGGCGGCGUGAUUCCCGCUUCGACCUGCAGCCCUGUCCCUCCCCGGACCCCGUAGUGCACGCAUGGCCCGCAGGGAUCAUGUUGAAGGUGACAGGUAGUGCCAUGCCGGCGGCGAUCACUUUGUUUCCGUUCACCGUCUCUGCUGCAGCCGCUGACGGGGAGAAAGAGGAGGCGGCACCGUUACACCGGGACGAACUGUCUCUGUACGCGGCUCCUCCUCAGCAGAAGAGCCGGUAUGUGGAGCCCGAAGCGGGUCACCUGGAGGAGAGUGUCGCCACCCUCAGGAAGACAGCAGAGCCGUACACGGAUCGGUGUCGGGGCACCUACGACAAAAUUAAACCCAAAGUUCAAAGUGUCGUCCGGUUCGGGAACGACGCCUACAACUACUUGAAGAACCCGCCGAAGGAGUUCUAUCCUCGGGCAGGAGUGAUCGGCUUCACCGGUGUGCUGGGGCUCUUUCUUGGCAGAGGCUCCAGGAUUAAAAAGCUCAUCUACCCGGCGGCCCUGAUGACCGUGAGCGCCUCCCUGUACUACCCGGAGCAGGCUGCGGGCAUCGCAAAGUCAACCGGGGACUCGGUGUAUGACCGGGCCGUGCAGAGCUACGCAGCCCUGGAGAGGAUCGUGAAGCCUCAGAGCAAAGCUGCAGAAGACCCGGAGACUAAACCCUGAGGAUCACAUGCAACAACCCAGCAAUAACUAAUCAGCAUUUCUGUUUCUGCAAGAUUGACAUGCGCUGCCUAGACACACUCUGUGUGUGUGUGUGUGAGACUUUUCAUGCCCACUUUUUGCACUAAAGCUUCACAUGCAACUCAGGCCAGGCAUGGCCUGUCACUGGAGGCUUGACUGACUGACUUCUGCUUCUGAUCUGAAUGUAUAUUUAUGUAGAGGAUGAAUAAAAAUCAAUGAUGUUACUUGAAAAUCUUAAACACAGGUUUGUUUCUGCACUGUUUAAUCAAUUACAAGUGAAACAAUUAUUCAAUUAUGCAACUAUUUGUCAUUUUUUCUUGAAAACUGUCAAAUGUUUGAUGAACUAAACUGAAUCUCUCCAGGUUUUGGACUCUUCUCGUGUUUUAUAAACCACAAUCAGUCGAUUAUUUGGCUAUUUUAUUGGCAAAUGAACUGAUAAGUAAUAUAAUAUCAUAAACAAGUCGUAUUAUUUGUGAUUUCAACAUUACCCGAGGACAACGUCUGGAAGCCGAUAUGACUGUUUAACAUCUUUAUUUAUCUCAGUCAAAAAAAAAAAAAAAAAAAAAAA